UGGCGGUUGGAUUCAAAGAGAUGGCUCCGCCCCCUUUGACGCACGUAGCCCAGCCGACACGGAAACAACAAACGGGGAUUACCGUCGUCUCUCCUCCAGCUGCGUUCACCUCGAGAACGGUCUCCCAUGUGAACUGCUCGUGCUGAUAGUGGGAUGAUCUAGCAGGGUUUUUUUCUUUUUUUUUCUUGUGAUGCGGGACAGUUAGUCAGUACUCCAAUGGAAGCUCCUCCCAACCCGUCCUCCCCGCCGGUCCCAGUUCCCCUUGGUCCCGCCGUCACCCCGUCGGUCAAGCUCAGCUUCACCAUCCUCUACACCACCCUGUACGCCGCUCUGUUCCUGGUGGUGUACGGGCAGCUCUGGCUCCUCUACCUCUACAGACACAAGCGAUGGAGCUACCAGAGCGUCUUCCUGUUCCUCUGCCUGCUCUGGGCGGCCAUCCGCACCACCCUGUUCUCCUUCUACUUCUGCAACACUCUGCAGGCCAACCACCUCCCCGCUGCCGCCUACUGGAUGCUCUAUUGCUUCCCUGUGUGUCUGCAGUUCUUCACUCUCACUCUGAUCAACCUGUAUUUCACUCAGGUGCUGCUCAAAGUGAGGGAGACGUACAGCUCAGACGUGGAUAGAGGGCUGUUGCUGGCGCGGUGCGUGUACGCCGCCCUGUGCGCCGUCUUCCUCUGUGUCAACGCGGCCUGCGCGGCCCUCAGUGACAGAGAGGGCAGCGCCGGCGGCGGGUCUAGAGAGCGGACCUGGAAUCUGGUCCUGCUUCGAGUGCUGGUCAACGACUUGCUCUUCAUCCUGGUCGCCGUGAUGCUGGCCACCUUGCUGCUGCUGCUGACCAGGCACUCGCGCUCCGCCAGCCCCUACCUGAUGAGCAAGGGGACCACGGUGUGCCGCACAGCCACACUGGGAGCCGCGGUGAUCCUGUUGUUUGCCAGCCGAGCCUGCUACAACCUGACGGUGCUCAUUCUGUCCCUGAGCCGCCGAGUGGAGUCGUUCAACUUUGACUGGUACAACGUCUCCGACCAGGCUGACUUGCAAAGCGAACUGGGCGACCAGGGCUACCUGGCCUUUGGGGCCAUCCUCUUCAUAUGGGAGCUGCUCCCCACUAGCCUGCUCAUUGUCAUCUUCAGAGUUCGUCGGCCGGCUCAAGAGACCAGCAGCAUGGCCGUCAACAACAGGGUCCUACCUCGUCCGUAUUUCUUUGAUGACCCUCAGGGCAGCAACGAGGAUGGACCGGUUCCAUGGGCGCGCAGUUCACAUCCACACUCCAGCUGGUACGGAUCCGAGUCUGCUCCCCUCCUGUUUGCCAGCAAUCCUCCGGACCAAAGCCACCAGCACCACUCGUUCUACUCCACCCCCCAGAACUGACCUGCGCCUCUCGACACUGUUGGGGGUCGUCGUGCCCCCACCGACGUCCAUCUCAAGGGCGAGCCGCACACAGCUGCCAGCGAGUAGCACCUCCCCCCCUGUGGACCUUUUUUUUGCACUGAAGACCUCUGGAAUUCAUCAACAAACAAUGAAUUUGCACCUUGUAGUUUUGGAACAGAAUGUAUAGAAUGAAAAAUGUUUUAUUGGCUCAAAGGGAACGAACUCAGUGAUGCAGAUCAUUGUGAUCAGUGACCGCACACAACGGCUAAAGUGAGAUCACAGUGUGUUCGUUUUUAUUUGAGAGAAUUCAUUGUCCUAACUGUUGAGCAACGAGGUGGACUAGCGUCUAUUAUUUCCUAACUAUUGCACAUUUAGCUUCCUAAGCAUUCCUCAUCAAACAAGAAAAGGUCCUCCCAGGAGGGACCCAACUUGCCGUCCCCCGACCAGCAGGCCACGUAGCGGAAAAAAGGGAUUUAAGAGUGUGAGUCACGGCAAACCACGAGAGCAGAGUGCAGCCGUCACUGGCCGUCCAAAACGUGACGCAGUUUGCUGCAGCAGAAUGGCGAGAUCAGCAGUUGCGGCCGUACCAAUACGCACUUUUGUAGAAAGGGAUGCUCCUCUUAUGCCGUGUGAAGUGUAUGUAGUGAUAUCCUUUGACAUGGUCUCUUCUACGCUGACACAUUCCUCGGGCAUUUGUCUCGCCGGGUUGUUUCCUGUAGGGACGCUGUUGGUUAUUUUGGUUUGUAUGUCACUUUGCAAAAUGUUUCAUCUUUAUUUUAAAAAUGAUUCCCUUCCUUUGAAAUUUUACUUUGUACAUUUAACUUAUUUUAUAUCUUUUACCAUUUAAUUGUAGCAUUUGAAUCCAACGUGAUUGUUUGUAUUGCAAUGAGGCUUCCUCACAGCAAAUGGCAUAUAUUUUUAUUUUAUGUAAGCAGAAAACCAAUAAAAAAUAUAAAUGAGCUUGUUUCUAAGAGAUGUGGAUGUUACAAAUUGUGUAAGUUAUCAUUGCCCAUACUGUUCAAGGGAUAACUUUAGAAUUUCAAAUGUUUUAUUCAUCAGUGAAGCCUUUAUUUUACAGGUAUGAAAUUCCCAAAUCAUCUCUACGGCAGUUUUCCUGAAUGUCAUUUUGUAUUCAUUAUGUGGAAAAUGAUUUGCGUGAUCUUUAUUUCAAAACAUUGCUAGAAAAUUACUGGAUAUUUAUGUACUAAAUGUUUAUACAUGAAUUGAAAGGCAGAAUUAAAAACUCUGCUGCAGAACCACACACACCACCGUACAUGUGCCACAAUCAGUCAAACAGUUUAUUCUGCUUUAUGUACAGAUCAUCCUAUUAAAACUCUUUAUACAGUAUGUACACAUUCAAAUUCAGCUAAAGAGUGAUGAACCUUAAUGAAAAAAAAAAAAAACGAGCCAAAACA